GGAGGAUACGUUAAAGCAUAUCGACCUUCUAUUCCUCGAUCAUUAUAAACCUGCAUAUACUACCGAUUUAAAACUCUGCGAAGAGCUCGGGCUAGUGUCAGUUGGUUCUAUAUAUGCUGCGGACAAUGUGGUCAAACCUGGCAACCCAUUAUAUCUAGAAUAUGUACGAAGCACGGUGCAUGAGAAAAGGCGAAAGGCUUCCGACUAUGAUCAAACCGGGCCCAAGGGGAACCCAAAUUUGAUAUACGAUAGCCAUUUUAUAGAAGGUUGGGAACCCAGUGGCGUACCCGUAAGCAUCCAACACCCUACACUAUCCAACCCGUGUCAAAUUAACAAUUGAUAGGAUGCGAUAGAAAUCACGAGGUGCGUUGGAGUACAGACAUGAGGAAUUUAUGCGGCUAUGAAUGGUCUGUAUAUCAACAACGGGUUUAAUUUUGGGGUCCCAUCGUUGACUGCCCGCCUUUGCGGCAAGGAGCUGGGGGUAAUGAAUCAUCAAACGGAGUUCCCGUCCCAGGUGCCUGAAUACUUCAACAUGACGUAUUCAUCUGAUACUAUAAACUCGCAAUUUAAUACUUCCAAUAUUACCUGUCUAGAAGUUUAGUAAAGUGACCAGGCCCACUGGUUCUCUUGAUAUUGACGGCGCCUACCUAAAGCCCUGCGCAAUGGUUUCGACCACCAAGACGCACAAGCCAUACGCAUAUGCGACUCUUAUUACCCGUGGAAGUUACUUAGCGGGUGUAGUAACAUUAGCUUAUACUCUUAAGAAGCACAAUGCAGCGUAUCCUUUAGUUGUACUCCAUACACCAAGCCUCUCUCAAAAUGCACUGAGGGCCCUUGAGCUCGAGUCGUUGCGGAGUAACCUCAUUCUUCGCCGGUGCAACCAACUCUUACCACCACAGGAUGUUGAGAUAAAUUUAAUCGCCCGACGCUUCGAAGAUACAUGGACGAAGCUUCGCGUAUUUGAGCUGUUCGAAUUUGAUGCCGUCUGCUAUCUCGACGCCGACAUGGCUGGAUUCCACAAUAUGGAUUCCAUCUUUGACAAGCUGGGUCAACUUCCGACAGACUGGUUAGGCGCAAACCAGUCCUGUGUAUGUAACCGCGAUCACGAUCCCUGGGCACCGGAGGACUGGCAUCCAGCGAACUGUGCAUAUACACCGCUUUCUAGCCCCACUCAACCGACCGAUAUAAGUCCAAGGACGCACCACCUCAUAAACGGCGGUAUGUUCUUAUUCAGACCUUCUGAAAUAAUGUGGAAGUCUAUGAUGAAGCUCUUCAACUCAUCUCCUUUGCUGUCCAACUUCAAAUUUCCGGAUCAGGAUUUCCUUGCACUUUUCUUUGCCGGAAGGUGGAAGGCGCUAGGGUGGCAAUACAACGCUUUGAAGACGAUGAAGUAUUGGCAUCCUAAUAUCUGGCGUGAUGAGGAAGUCAUCUGCUUGCAUUAUGUCGUGGACAAGCCUUGGGCGGCGCGCAUCGCUGCGGACGGCACUGCGGGGUAUAAAGGGCGGGAUGGACUCACUCAUAGUUGGUGGUACAACGCAUACAGCGCUUGGGAAUGCGAAAGAAUGGAAGAAUUUGGCGAUAGGUGCGAAGUAGUCUCUUUGGUAAGGACAGGCGUCGCGCCUCCAAAUGAGCGAAUUAAGGAUUGGGUUGACAUAGAACAAGAUCCUGAUAUGACCGCAAUAGGAAAUAGAGUGCAGGCAUUUGCAAAUAGUCGUAAUGCGAUAGCUCUAUGACAUAAAGAAAUGUUAGCAAUUGGUAGUAAUUUCAUAUCCAACUCGAAAUACAAAUUGUACCAAACUUCUAUCC